GCUGAAAUCAGAUUUCUUUAAUCUGAUAGUUAAUUGGUUCAUUUGAAAUUUUUACCUGUUUACAUUCUCAUUGUUAACCUCAAUUUUUUCAAAACUUCUCGAUUCGGUUCCAAGACUCAAUUUAUUAUUUAUUACCUUACGAUCUCAUUAUUUUAAGAGCAAAUACUCUUGGAAUAGAUGUGAUUCGCUCAAGCAACUCUUGGCUCUAAGCAUUUUGUUUUCUUUUUCACAUUUAGAUUGUGUUUAACCCACGUGUUUUCAUAUUCCUAUCUUUGUUGUUCAAUCAAGUGAUUUAUUAAUUAUUUUUGUUUAUAAGACUAAAAAAAUGUCAGUUAAACCACGAAGAGCUAACAAAUCCAAUCCCAUCAACAAUAAAAUCAUAGAACCUCUAAAGGAUGAUGCUUUUGUGGCUGGACCCGGCCAGAUGGCUACUCCGCUAACCCGACCGAUUGCCAAUGGCGUUAGAAUGAGCAAUCGUAAGAAGCGAAAACAUGCAGACAGUCAAUCAGAUUAUCAAAGUCUUGAUGAAAUGCUUGUCGAUCCCAACGUGAGCCUUGAAAUAAAUUAUGGAACCUCUCUAGGACCAAUAAAUGGCUCAAAUAUUCCAUCCACUGGAAAUUUGGUCAACGUUUUAGUUCAAGGUCUUCAAAGCCAGAAUGAAGGAAUGAUUAGUACUGUAUUGGAUCGAUGUGAUUCAAAUCUAAUCAGAGAAACUAUCCACAGUUUACCUAAUGAAAUGGUUGAAGAACUUUUAAAAAGACUCCAUAAACUAUUUUACCAGAAGGGCGAUAGAUUAAUUCACUAUUAUAAUUGGUUAAGAACUUUAUUACAAGAAAAGCUUAGUGUUAUUCUAUUGUCUAAAAGUGCACAACAAGAAUUAACUUCUUUAAAACAGCUGUUUGCCACGAGAUGUGAUAUUUUUGACCGAAUGUGUGCUCUCAGAGGUAGACUAAGUUUAAUUUCCAGCUUGAUGGAACCAACUUCAAAAGAUGGCCAUAAGUCUGGAAAGAGCGCAACAAUUAACUAUCAAGAAUCAUCUUCUGAAGAUGAAGACAACGAAGACGAUGAUGACGAUGGAAAUGCUUCAGAUGAAGAUUCAGAAGAUAAAGACUUGGAACGAAUUGUUGUCAUGGACUUGUCUGAUACUAACAAUUCUGAAGAAGACGAAGACGAUGAUGAUGAUGACGAAGAUGAUGACGACGACGAUGAUGUUGAUGAUGGAGAUAUUGCUGAUGAAGAGGAUGAGGAUGAAGAUGAAAACAAAAUUAGCAUAGGGAAAAGGAAAAACAUUUCGUACGAGGAAGAAAUGACAGAUGGGGAAGAUAAUGAUGAAGAUUUUGAAUCAGCUUGAUUUGAAAGAAAAAUUAUCAAUGACAUUUUUUUGUAUUUAUGUAUUAUAUAGUUUUCGGUCCAUCAUAAUGUCGCUUUUUGACAAUAUUAAAUCAUGGCUAUUCUAUAAACUGAA